GCCCGCCCCCCCCCCCGGCUGUGGUCCCAGGGGGCUGCGGACUACGGGUCCCGGCAGGCCUCGCGUUGGCCCCUGAGCCCCUGGCGCCGGGGGCUUUGGGCGCCCUCAGCCAGUGGACUCCGGCGCUGCGCGGCACAGCUGAGCACCUGGCAGGUUGGCUGGCUCAGAGCAGUCUGGCUCGCGGGCUGGCCACCCCACACACUGAGGCCGCAGCCGACCGACUGACAGACUCGGCGCUUCUCAGGCCCCCGGAGCCUAGGCGCAGAGCGGCCCGGACGCAAACUUCCGGGAAAUCUUGGUGGCUGAGCAAACUUGUGACCCAAGAAACAGCAGCUAAGCAUUUGGGAUGCUGACAAGAGGCUGGUGUAUACACUAAGGCCUCCACCAUGGACCCAGACCCCCAAGCGGGCGUGCAGGUGGGCAUGCGCGUGGUGCGCGGCGUGGACUGGAAGUGGGGCCAGCAGGACGGCGGCGAGGGCGGCGUGGGCACGGUGGUGGAGCUCGGCCGCCACGGCAGCCCUUCGACCCCCGACCGCACGGUGGUCGUGCAGUGGGACCACGGCACCCGCACCAACUACCGCGCGGGCUACCAGGGCGCACACGACCUGUUGCUCUAUGACAACGCCCAAAUCGGUGUCCGCCACCCCAACAUCAUCUGCGACUGCUGCAAGAAGCAUGGGCUGCGGGGCAUGCGCUGGAAGUGCCGUAUCUGCUUCGACUACGAUCUCUGCACGCAAUGCUACAUGCACAACAAGCACGACCUGGCCCACGCCUUCGAGCGCUACGAGACGGCCCACUCCCGCCCGGUCAUGCUGAGUCCCCGCCAGGGCCUCCCAAGGAUCCCGUUAAGGGGCAUCUUCCAGGGGGCGAAGGUGGUUCGGGGCCCCGACUGGGAGUGGGGCUCACAGGAUGGAGGAGAAGGGAAGCCAGGCCGAGUAGUGGACAUCCGUGGCUGGGACGUGGAGACAGGCCGGAGCGUGGCCAGUGUGACAUGGGCUGAUGGCACCACCAACGUGUACCGUGUGGGCCACAAGGGCAAGGUGGAUCUCAAGUGUGUGGGCGAGGCAGCUGGCGGCUUCUACUACAGGGACCACCUCCCAAGGCUUGGCAAGCCCGCAGAGCUGCAGCGCAGGGUCAGUGCUGAUGGCCAGCCCUUCCAGCGUGGGGACAAGGUCAAAUGUCUGCUGGACACGGAUUUGCUGAGGGAGAUGCAGGAAGGCCACGGCGGGUGGAACCCCCGGAUGGCCAAGUUUAUCGGACAGACGGGCACCGUGCACCGCAUCACAGACCGUGGGGACGUGCGUGUGCAGUUCAGCCACAAGACCCGCUGGACCUUCCACCCUGGGGCUCUCACCAAGCAAAACUCCUGCUUGGUGGGUGAGGUGGUGCGGGUUAUCGAUGACCUUGACACGGUGAAGCGGCUGCAGGCUGGCCAUGGGGAGUGGACCGAUGACAUGGCCCCUGCUCUGGGCCGCAUUGGGAGAGUGCUGAAGGUUUUCGGAGACGGGAACGUGGGUGUGCUGGUCAGUGGGAAGCUGUGGACCUUUAGCCCCUCCUGCCUGGUGGCCUACCGGCCUGAGGAAGAUGCCAACCUGGACGUAGCUGGGCGAGCCCGGGAGAACAAAAGCUCCCUGAGUGUUGUGUUGGACAAGCUUCGAGCCCAGAAGAGUGACCUGGAGCACCCAGGGAGGCUGGUGGUGGAGGUGGCUCUGGGCAAUGUGGCCCGGGCUCUGGACCUGCUGCGGCGGCACCCAGAACAGGUGGACACCAAGAAUCAGGGCAGGACUGCCCUGCAGAUGGCUGCCUACCUAGGCCAGGUGGAGCUGGUGCGGCUGCUGCUGCAGGCUCAGGCGGGCGUUGACCUGCCGGAUGAUGAGGGCAACACGGCACUGCACUACGCAGCCCUGGGGAACCAGCCCGAGGCUGCCCGGGUGCUCUUGAGCUCGGGUUGUGGGGCCAAUGCUCUGAACAGCACUCGGAGCUCAGCACUGCAUGUGGCCGUGCAGAGGGGCUUCCUGGAGGUGGUGAAGGUCCUGUGUGAGCAUGGCUGUGACGUCAACCUGCCUGAUGCCCAUGCUGAUACACCCCUGCACUGCGCCAUCUCAGCGGGCACUGGUGCCAGCGGCAUUGUGGAGGUCCUCACCGAGGUGCCAGGCAUCGACGUCACUGCCACCAACAGCCAGGGCUUCACUCUGCUGCACCAUGCGUCCCUCAAAGGCCACACACUAGCUGUCAGGAGGAUUCUGGCGCGGGCGCGGCAGCUGGUGGACGCCAAGAAGGAGGAUGGGUUUACAGCACUGCACCUGGCCGCCUUCAACAACCACGGGGAGGUGGCCCAGGUUCUCAUCCGAGAGGGCCACUGUGAUGUGAACGCUCGCAACCGUAAGCUGCAGUCCCCGCUGCACCUGGCUGUGCAGCAGGCCCACGUGGGGCUGGUGCCACUGCUGGUGGACGCCGGCUGCAGCGUCAACGCCGAGGACGAGGAGGGGGACACGGCUCUGCACGUGGCCCUGCAGCGCCACCAGCUGCUGCCUCUGGCAGCUGAUGGGAGCGCAGGGGACCCGGGUCCCCUGCAGCUGCUGUCCAGGCUACAGGCCUCUGGCCUUCCGGGCAGCGCGGAGCUGACGGCAGGCGCGGCUAUGGCCUACUACUUAGCGCUGGAGGGCGCGGACCUGAGCUACGCCAACCACCGCGGCCGGAGCCCCCUGGACCUGGCUGCCGAGGGUCGCCUGCUCAAAGCCCUGCAGGGCUGUGCUCAGCGCUUCCGGGAGCGGCAGGCUGGAGGCAGUGGCAGCGGGGGCUUGGCCCAGGGUCCAAGACUGGUGCUCAGUGUUCCGAACACUGUGACCAACCUGCAUGUGGCCGCGACGACGGGGCCCGAGGCCGCUGAGUGCCUAGUGUGCUCGGAGCUGGCGCUGCUGGUGCUGUUCUCGCCCUGCCAGCAUCGCACAGUGUGCGAGGAGUGCGCGCGCAGGAUGAAGAAAUGCAUCAGGUGCCAGGUGGUCAUCAGCAAGAAGCUGCGCCCAGGUGGGGCCCGGCGCCCGCCCCGCCCCACUGCCCCCAGACGGCACGGAGGUGGUCAGUGCGGCCCCGGCGCCCGGCCCACCGCGGCAGUUGGUGGAGGAGCUGCAGAGCCGCUACCGGCAGAUGGAGGAGCGCAUCACCUGUCCAAUUUGCAUCGACAGCCACAUCCGCCUCGUGUUCCAGUGCGGCCACGGCGCGUGCGCGCCUUGUGGCGCGGCGCUCAGCGCCUGCCCCAUCUGCCGCCAGCCCAUCCGCGACCGCAUCCAGAUCUUCGUGUAGCCGGCGCCCCCCGCCUCGUUCCGGGGCCAUGCCCCGCGGCCGCCGUCACGAGCCCUUUCUCUGUAUUUUAUAAAAAGAUUGCUGGACUUUGUGCCUGGUUGCCUGUCUGGGGCGGGGCCGUGCGGGUCCCCCACCGCGGACUGUUCUGACCGCACCCCUUACAC